AGCAAGUCUUUGAACUGCACUUCUCCACAAGUGAAGUUCAAGUUGAGACAGCCGAAAAAAAAAAUGGGCAUGGCAAUGAAGAUAAAGGAAGCAUUGCCAUAUAUAGGAAUGGCUUCAACACAAUUUGCACAAGUUGGUUUAAUGAUUGUUGGGAAAAAAGCUAUGUCUGCUGGAAUGACUAACUUCACCUUCGUCUUCUACUCUAAUACUCUUGCUUACUUUAUUCUCAUCCCUUCUUUCUUAUUCUACAGGUCAACUCGUCCUCCCAUCAAUUUCAAACUCAUAUCUGGGUUUUUCUUGCUUGGAGUUCUGGGGUAUGUCAGUUAUUCUCAUCUUUCAAUUGUCUCCUCUGUGAAAUAUUACUCCUUUUUUGUUUUAAUUGUCCAUUGUUGAUCUGGCAUAUCUUUGGAG